AUGGCCAUUCAGCCAGGCAGUAUUGAGAAUCACGCAGCUCGUACAGACAACCACGAACUGCCUGGCUGCCCUGUCUGGAAAGGAGGUCUUUCACAGGGACUAUCUCCUAUUACACGAGCCGUUUACGAAAAAGUCGGAGGCUACUUCAAGGCAACCAAGCCCAAUGUUGUGAACCCUCAAGUUGUUGUUAACGGCAACAAGAACCGGGGCGUCUCGAAGGACAUGGCGAUACAGCCAAGCAGUAUCGAGAACCACUCAGCUCGCACAGACAACUACGAGGCACCUCAGCCACCUCAGUCCAGGAUAGACCUCUCGGCUUAUCUUGACGCAACUGCCAUUUUUCAGCCUCAAGUCGAGCUCGAAACUCCGCUGCAACAAGCGCCCAUAGCGUUACCCGCCAGCCCGGACGGCCAUCUGACAGCUGUUUCUGUAUCCUCUGAUGCAAACUGCCUGAACUACAAUCCUGCCUCGUACUUAGGAUCUCGGAGAAUCUCUUACACUAGCAUCUCUACUUUCACGCCUCACAUCUCACGCCUCUUUAAUACUGGCAUCUCUACUUUCACAUCUCUCAUCUCUUGUCUAUACGCGACAACCACGUCAGUGGCCAACAGCAUGGGACAAUGA